GGGAGGCUGCCAACGGUUUUGAGUGUGGGGAAGGCGGCGGGGGUGGCUGUGCCGGGGUCCUUGGUCUCCCGGACUGGGACUCGGGGAGGGGGACAAUCCCUAGUCCACACUUUGGCAAACUGAGCGGGACUGAGGUCUGGUUGUGUGGCGGGGAGUCGUUAGGGGUGGUCGGGGUAGAGGGUCUCAGGCUAGGCUGGAGGGCGGCGGACUUUUUAGAGAGGUCUGAGGGGGUGGCCGAGGGUUCACGAAGUUUCUCUUGGGUUAGCACGGAGGGAGGGAUUCCGAGGAGCCUUGCUAUGGCUUUCUUGCCAGGAGCGGUCGGAGGGGAUAUACAGGAGGGUUGACCGUGGGUAGAACAGGUGCAUGGCGAGGGGCGUGAGGAGGUGGGGAGCGUGAGGGUCCUGUCUCUCUGAGACCCGGGGCAGGUGAGGGCCAAAUAAGACUGCUGGAGGGAAAUCAGACCCCUGUUGGAUUGGGUUUCAGUUUGCACGUUCUGGGUGGGAGAGUAUAAGAGCGUGUGCCAGAAGUUCUUCAGCACUCCAGGGGAACUGCAGUUGUUCUGUCGCCCCUCGGUCUUCUGUCCCCACCCCCACCUCGCUGCACUCUCCUUUUCCACCGGUUCCAGGGGCUGUGGAAGGAAAUGCUUUUGCCCUCUCCCAUGGUCUCUGGAACCGCUGGAAAUCUUUCCUCUAACCAGAAGGCCUCCCUGCUGCUACUCACUAAGGAUCCUUGGCUUGGAGUCGUUCUCCUUUUUCCCAGAUCUUCUUUUGGGGUGCACUUCCUCCCCUGGGGUCUCCUAAAGCAGGACCGGGAGUUCCCAGCUCUGCUGUGUGGAGUUUUCUCGUGCUUGUACUCAUGGCGACAUCAGCUACCAGCCCCGGCUCACCUCUCCGGGCUGAGGAUCUCCUGAGUGAUUCAUCAGAAGCCCCUGGGUUGAACCAAGUGUCCUCUGAGGUGACCUCCCAGCUCUAUGCUUCUUUGCACCUUAGUCGCCAGGCGGAGGCCACCGCCCGAGCCCAGCUGUAUCUCCCCACCACCUCCCCACCUCCUCAUGAGAUGGUAGAUGGCUUGGCCCAGGAGCUGAGUCGCAGCUUGUCGGUUGGCUUGGAGAACAACUUGAAGAAAAAGGUGAGAGAGGAUGGCUCCAAGCAUAUCUUUGAGAUGGAAAGUGUUCGGGGUCAACUACAGAGCAUGCUCCAGAACUCCCGGGAUGCAACCUAUCGCGAUCCCGUCACUCCGGGUCCUGGCUCAGAGAGACGAGAAGAGGACUCCUUUGACAGUGACAGCACAGCCACCUUGCUUAACACCCAGCCCCUGCAAGACUUGUCUCCGUCUAGCUCAGCCCAAGCCCUGGAGGAGUUGUUUCCCCGCUAUGCCAGUCUUCGCCCGGGGCCCCCCGUCAAUCCCCCGGAUUUCCAAGGCCUGAAAGAUGCUCUGGAUUCCGAGCACACCCGUCGCAAGCAUUGUGAGCGCCAUAUUCAGAGCCUCCAGACCCGGGUGCUGGAGCUCCAACAGCAGUUAGUUGUGGCUGUGACUGCAGACCGCAAGAAGGAUGUCAUGAUCGAGCAGCUGGACAAGACCCUGGCCCGAGUGGUGGAGGGCUGGAACCGUCAUGAGGCCGAGCGGGCAGAGGUGCUGCGGGGGCUCCAGGAGGAACGGCAGGCCGCUGAGUUCACCAGGAGCAAGCAGCAGGAGACAGUGACCCACCUGGAGCAGAGCCUUUCCGAGGCCAUGGAGGCCCUGACUCGUGAGCAGGAAAGUGCAAGACUGCAGCAACGGGAAAGAGAGACACUGGAGGAGGAGCGGCAGGCGCUGACCCUGAGCUUGGAGCUGGAGCAGCAGCGGAGCCGGGCCCUGCAGGAGGAGCGGGAUGAGGCUCGGGCAGGGCAGCUGAGUGAGCACCGGCAGCUGGAGACACUGCGGCUGGCCCUGGAGGAGGAGCGACAGGCCUGGGCCCAGCAGGAGCGCCAGCUGCAGGAGCGCUGUGGGGCCCUGCAGGAGGAGGCGCGAGUGCAGCUGGAAAAGGAGAAGGGGAACGCACAGAGGGAGGCGCAGGCGGCACGGGAGGCCCAGCAGCAGCUGGUGCUGGUGCAGUCGGAGGUGCGGCGGCUAGAGGGCGAACUGGACACAGCCCGGAGAGAGCGGGACGCCCUGCAGCUGGAGAUGAGCUUGGUGCAGGCGCGCUACGAGAGCCAGCGGCUGCAGCUGGAGUCUGAGCUGGCCGUGCGGCUGGAGCAGCAGGUGACCGAGCGGCUGGCGCAAGCCCAGGAGAGCAGCCUCCGGCAGGCCGCCUCCCUGCGGGAGCAACACAGGAAGCAGCUGCGGGACCUGAGCGCACAGCACCAGCAGGAACUGUCCUCUCAGCUGGCCCAGUUCAAGGGGGAGGCGGCGGAGCGGGAGGAGCGGCAGCGGCAGGUGCUGCAGGACUACGAGCUCAGGCUGGCCCGGGAGCAGGCCCGGGUGCGUGACCUGCAGAGCGGCCGCCAGCAGCUGGAGGAGCAGCGGGCCGAGCUGGUGGAGAGGCUCCAGGCCAUGCUGCAGGCCCACUGGGAGGAGGCAAACCAGCUGCUCAGUGCCCCCACGCUGCCUGCAAACCCCCCGGUCCCCACCACCAGCCCCUCCAGCCCUGGGCCUCAGGAGCCGGAGAAGGGGGAGCGGAGGCUGUGGCCUCUGCCUCCUGUGGCCGUGGCCCUGAAGCCUGCGCUGCAGCAGAGCCGGGAAGCCGGGGAGGAGGCGCUCGGAGGGCCGCCGCCUGUCCUCUGCGGCUCCUCCACAGACUUCGGCCUCCUGCUGGGCCCCUCCUUCCAGAGCCAGCACUCUUUCCAGCCCCUGGAGCCAAAACUCACCUCAUCCUCGGCUGGGACCUUCCACCCUGACCACAGGCCGGAGCGGCCGUUCCCUGAGGAAGAUCCUGGGUCUGAUGGCGACAGCUUCCUCAAGCAGGGGCUGCCGCCCCCCUCCCAGCUCGAGGGCCUCAAGCAUUUUUUGCAGCAGCUGCUGGACACGGUCCCCCAGAACAGUGAGGCCCCCUCUGUGGAUCUGUUACCCCCGAAGUCUGGUCCGCUGGCUGUCCCGUCCUGGGAGGAUGCCCCGCGCGUGCCCCACCUCCCACCCCCCGUUCAUAAAACCAAAGUGCCCCUGGCCAUGGCGUCCAGUCUUUUUCGGGCACACGAGCUUCCCUCAAGCCAGUCCCAGAGCAGCGGUCCCAGCGGCAGCUCCCCGGACACCGGUGGAGACGGGCUGGCUCCCGCGGGGCAGCUCAUGGAUGUGUCUCAGCUCUUGCGACUGUACCAGGCUCGGGGCUGGGGGGCGCUGCCGGCAGAGGACCUGCUGCUCUACCUGAAGAGGCAGGAACACGGCAGGACCGACAGCCCAGGGGAUAAUGUCCCCAGAAGAAACACAGACUCCCGUUUGGGUGAGAUCCCCCGGAAAGAGGUGCUCCCUCGCCGCCUUGCUCCAGCCCCUAAGACCGAAAAACCUCCAGUUCGCAGGAAAGGUGGCCACCCUGCCCCCAGCAGCGCAAGGAGUCGGGGGGGCAUCUGGAGAUGAGCCCCCUGCCCUCUCUACUCUUAUUUUAAUAAAUGCUCGAGAGUCUGCAUUCAAGUCUCUUGACUGCUAGGCAUCUGCAGAAACGGAGAUUUUAUAGGAAACUACUUUGUAAAAAAACCUCAUUCUGCUUGAGUAUGUUUUUUGUAUGUUGUACGUUCCUGUUUUCUAUUCUGUGGGAAAAGACAUGAAGACUUUGAAGAAAGAUGGCCUCUGGCUGGGUCUGAGAAGUUCCUGUGAGCUAAUGCUCAGUGUUUCGAGAGUAGGACGUGCAGAGCGAUUUUAGCUGCAAUUGGCGGUGGAAUUAUGGAAGAUUCUAAUUUUCUUCUUUAUAUGUUUCUGUAUUUCCGUAUUUUCUAAAACAAGCGUGUAUUACUUAAUCAGAAAAAACAAACUUGUAAUAAAAGUAAAUUAUUGUAUAAAGAGUUUGAGUAAAAAUUUGAUUGUCA